AAACCCUUCUCAGCACGAAGACGCAGCCGCACUGCUGCCCACGAAAAGAGAGCGAGGAAAAAGAGCGAGAAAAGAAAAGGAGGGGCGGAGGAGAGAGACCUCCACUCACCCCCGGCCGGAAAAGCACUGAGCGCCCCGGCAGCGAGGAGCGCGUGACCACGCCGGGGUCGCGGGCGGGCGGCGCCGACAGGAUCUGGUAGGGUUCCGGCGGGAGGGAGGGCGGGACCCCUCGCCAUGGCGAGCCCGCGGUCGGCCGGCGCCGGAGGAGGCGCGGCGGGGGACGAGGCGAUCUGGAGGAAGCUCCGGGAGGCCGGGUUCGACGAGGACGCCGUCAGGCGCCGGGACAAGGCGGCGCUCAUUGGCUACAUCUCGCGGCUGGAGUCCGAGAUUUAUGAUUAUCAGCACAAUCUGGGGCUUAUUUUAUUGGAGCGGAAGGAGUUGGCAUCUAAAUAUGAGCAGCUUAAAGCUUCGUCUGAGGCCACUGAGAUCAUGCUCAGGCGUGAAAGAGCUGCCCAGCAGUCUGCUUUGGCUGAAACAAGGAAAAAGGAAGAGAACCUAAAAAAGAAUUUAUGCAUUCAGAAGGAGUGUGUAUCCAAUCUUGAAAAAGCACUGCACGACAUGCGUGGAGAAGCAGCUGAAGUAAAAGUUUCGUAUGAAGCCAAACUAGCUGAAGCCCUUCAAAUGAUAGAGGCUGCACAGAAAAAGUUCGAUGAAGCAGAAGAGAAACUUCUUGCUGCAAAAUCCUUGGAAGCAGAGUCAAUUCGGACUCGCAAUGCCUCAUUGAGAAGUCUGCAAGACAUUGAAGACCGUGAAGAUCAGCUAAGAAGAGACAGAACUUCUUUUGAACUUGAGAGUGCAUCUAAGGAGAAAGAGAUUAGCCUCCAGAGAAAAUUAUUGGAUGAUACUAAAAAAAUUUUGCAUGAAAAGGAGCAGGCAUUACUGAAAGAACAAACACUUCUUAAUCAGAGGGAUGACAACAUCCUUGAGAGGCUUGGAUACAUAACACACUCAGAAAAAAGGUUGGAGGAGGAAAAGCUGAAUCUUGAAGAUGAAAGGAAGGUUCUCAUGGAAGAAAAGAAUAAGCUGGACCUGAAAAUGCAGGCGAUUAUUUCUAGGGAGGAAGCCAUAAUUAAGAAGGAAUCCUUACUUGAUAAACACGAAACCGAACUAUUGGUUUUGCAAGAGACAAUUGCCAGCAAAGAAAGGGCUGAAAUAGAAAGGCUGCGCCAGGAGCAAGAAGUUGCCUUGGCGAAAAGAAGGCAAGAAUUUGACACUGAGAUGGAGAUUAAGCUCACUUCUUUUGAGGAAGAGAUAGAAGCGAGGAAAGCCCUGCUGGACCAGAGGGAAAGUGCCCUCAGUGAGCAGGAGGAUUCUGUGGCACAAAGAGAACAAAAUCUCAACCUUAGACUUGCAGAGUUAACAAACAAGGAAGAGUCUUUGGUGAAGAGAUCAGAUGAGUUAAAUGAAGAAGAGAGAAAGCUCUCCUCUCACAGAGAAGUGGUGUACACUGAAUUACAAAAAGAAAGGGAGGAAAUUCAGAAUAUGAAAUUGGAUUUGGAGAAGGAAAAGUCUUUCUUUGAAGAGGAGAAGCGCGAAGCGAUUCAAGCUCAGGAGAAACUACUAAUAACCCAAAAUGAGAGAGAAGAUUUGCUUAUUUUGGAGAUGAAACUUAAAGAAGAAAUUGAUAGUCUGAGAGCCCAAAAAGUUGAACUUAUGGUUGAUGCAGAAAGACUGCUAGCAGAAAAAGAAAGAUUUGAGAUUGAAUGGGAGCUGAUUGAUGAGAAAAAGGACGAACUACAAAAGGAAGCAGCCAGGAUUGCUGAAGAGCGAAGAGUUAUAGAUGAGCAUCUCAAGAAUGAGCUUGAUAUCAUCAAACAGGAGAAGGAAAAUCUCCGAAUUCAGUUCAAAAAUAGUGCAGAAUCCCUCGCUUGUGAACAUAAGGAGUUCAUGAAUAAGAUGCAGCGAGAGCAUGCUAGUUGGCUAAGCAGGAUACAACAAGAAAGAGAAGAUCUUAAGAGAGAUAUUGAUAUCCAGAGAACAGAAUUACUGAAUUCUGCAAAGGCAAGGCAGAUGGAAAUAGAUUCAUAUCUAAGGGAAAAAGAAGAGGAGUUUGAGCAGAAAAAAUCCAAGGAGCUUGAGUACAUCAAUUCUGAAAAGGAAACGAUCAGCUCAAAACUAGAACAUGUCAGGCUUGAAUUGCAGAAACUUGAGGAUGAGAGGAAAGAAGCUAUGCUAGAACGAGAGAGGAGAGAACAAGAGCUGUCUGAAAUAAAGAACACUAUAGAUGCCCUUAACGAGCAACGGGAGAAGUUGCAAGAGCAAAGAAAACUGCUUCAUUCAGAUCGAGAAGCAAUCACACAGCAAAUCCAGCAACUUAAUGAAUUAGAAGAACUGAAGAUUGAAACUGAGAACAAGCAACUGUCUUUGAGACAGUGUGGGAGAUCAAAGCAUGGAGAUUGUGAUGUGGAAAACCUGAAGGAGAAUGGCGUUCACCAGUCUCCUGAUGAGGAUCAACAUGCUAGUCCCAAGAAGUGUUCAUCACCAAAGCUUAUUCUUGGAAAGAAAUUAGAUGUGUCCCCCUCUGUUUCAACACCAAUUUCUUGGGUUCGAAAAUGUGCUCAGGUGAUAUUCAAACGCUCUCCAGAGAAGAGUGCUGAUCAUGAUAAUGAUAGAUUUGCACAUGCAAAGCUGGGAAAUGUCAAUGACCCUAGCUUAGUUGGAAAUGGUGGAUUAUUUGCUUGUCAGAUGGAAAAUGGUGCUGGGGAAGUACAACAUGCUGUCGAGAAAGUUGGGAAGAAGAGGCUCAAUAAUGCACUAUCUCAUGAUCAGAGUGAAAUUUUAGAGCCCAAACGUAAGCACCAGAGGAGCAGUACUCUGCCUCGGAGAGUGAGAGGAGGGGAAAUUGAUUCUAACUGCAGUCCAUCAGUUCUAGAAGAAAAAUGUUCUAAGAAUGAACACGACGCAGUCCCAGUUGGUUUACCUGGGAAGGGACUGCAUAAUCCAAGAACAGGAGAACUGGCUUCAUCAGAUGCUUCAGAUAUUCCUGAAGCAUCUGAGCCUUCAGAGGAGAUUUCAGUGUCUGCCGCUGAAGCAUUGAACGGAGAUGCUGAGGACAAGGAUGAACCUGAUGAGGACUCUGAUGAUGAAGGCGAAGAGGAAGAUGAAGAGAAGACAUCUUCAGCGAAGAAGCUGUGGCGCUUUCUCAUUACAUGAUCACCUUCCCCAUGUGAUAAAUAACACAGCUAAGUGUAGGCUGACAGUUACCUGUCCUAUGAGGAUAUGCGGUAUUGUGAGCAGCGCCGCCUUAUUGUAGCUUCAUUGGCUUUGUCAUACCCAGCCUUUGGGGGCUGUAGAGGAGGGAGGUACUGGUUUGGUUGUGUUGGUAUUGUGAUCAGCGCGUUGUUUUGGAUGGCGCUGUAGGGUCCCCCACUUGCUUCUUUUUCUGUUCCCGUAUCCCUAAGAUGGCUUCUACGUGUAAAGUGAUUGAUAGCUUCCAGGCUGGUGUAAAAAUGAUGUGUCGUAGCAAAGGCAAACCCGCAUGAUCAGUAGCAUUGUCCAAAAGUGUGGUAGCGUUUGCCUUUCUUGUUUCAGCUAUGUGAUAUAAACUAGGUGAUUUGACUGAUUUGUGGCCUGCCUUUUGUUAUUGGCUUAAUCAUGCAAACAAAGUUUGUCAAA